ACAGAUAAAGAACAUAAAUAGAUAAGCAAUAUCUAUAUAACGCAAGUUGAAAAUAUACACAGUAUAUAACAUAGUAUAUAACAUAAGAAAGCAUUCACGGGAGAGGGAAGACUGAUGUUAUCAGUAGAACAUUCCUAAUAUAAGACCUUAUUCUUGCUUUGCGCUUGCAGUUCAACAGUUAUUGUGAGAACAUUUUAUCAAGAAAAUGUAUGUAAUUGAUCAAUUUAUGCUGAAAAAAGGCAACCAGUGUUUUAGAUUGAAAUGGCUGCUUUAUCGUGCCAAUGGUAAAUUGUAUCACAGUGAAAAUGGUGUUUAUGGAUAUAAACCGAGUCAACGAAAGCAUUUCGAAGUGCCAAAACAAUAUUUGGAUGAACGAUCGAGGCAAAGUAAUUUUUACAGACUGGUCAGUGCAUAUAGAGCUCAUGGACAUAAACAAGCUAAAUUAAAUCCUGUUUCUACUAGCAAGUUGGAAUUAUUAUCUGAAUUGCAACCAAAAAAUUUUGGAUUAAAUUUAAUGGAUAAAGUUUGCUUUCGAGGAAUUUUGUUCACGCAACAAUAUGAAGGAACGAUAGAAGAGGCUAUUCGAUUUUUACAAGCUACAUACUGCGGUACCAUUGGAACUGAAUUUGGUUAUCUCGAGACGGAAGAAGAGAGAGAAUGGUUCGCCGAAACCGUAGAAACAAUUUUAGCAGAACCAUUGAAUAAUGAAACGCGCAAAACAAUAGCUAUGGAAAUGUUAAAGAGUCAAACUUUUGAUAACUUUCUGGCCACAAAAUUUGUCAGUCUAAAAAGAUACGGAGGAGAAGGAGCUGAGAGUAUGAUGGCCUUCUUUCAUGAGUUUUUCAAACUAUGUGUCUAUGGUAAUUUGGACCAUGUGAUUAUGUGUGCUGCACACCGUGGUCGUCUUAAUUUAUUAACGGGGCUACUAAACUUUCCACCAGAGAAGUUAUUUCACAAAUUACGAGGACAUUCUGAAUUUCCGGAUACGGCCAAAUGUACCGGAGACGUGAUUAGCCAUCUCGUAACUUCAACUAAUCUUAGAAUAGACAAUAAGAGUCUUCAUGUAACCAUGCUUCGAAAUCCAUCGCAUUUGGAAAUAGUAAAUCCCGUAUCGAUGGGAAAAACGCGCGGAAUUAUGCAAGUCUUUAAAGAAGCUGCCUACGGCGAUAAUGAAAAUGCGCAAUGGAGCGAUAAAGUAAUAAACAUUCAGAUACAUGGAGACGCUGCGUAUCCAGGACAAGGGGUCAAUCAGGAAUGCUUAACUUUAAGCAGAAUACCGCAUUUUGAAAUUGGUGGUACAAUUCAUUUAAUAAUUAAUAAUCAAUUAGGCUUCACAACUCCAACUUCAAGAAGCAGAUCGUCAAGAUAUUGUACAGAUUUAGCAAAAAUUAUAUCAGCACCUGUAAUUCAUGUAAAUGGUGAUGAUCCUGAGAUGGUUGUACGAGUUGCAAGAAUUGCCUUUAAAUAUCAAAGACAAUUCAGAAAGGAUGUAUUUAUUGACUUAAAUUGUUUUAGAAGAUGGGGUCAUAAUGAACUAGAUGAUCCUACAAUCACUAACCCUCUUAUGUAUAAAAUUAUACGUAAUCGCGCGUCUAUACCAGAUCGAUAUACCAAAAAACUAAUAGACGCCAAUAUUUUUACUCAAGAGAGUGUUAAAAAUAUCGUCGAAGGUCACACAGCGUGGUUGAAUAAGACUCUAAAAGAAUCUUCAAUGGAUAUAUCGGAACAGUCAAUCACUUAUUUUGCCGGAAGAUGGUCAAAAAUGAAACAAGCUGAAGACAAUAUAACACGAUGGGACACCGGUGUUGAACCAGACUUGUUAAGAUUUGUGGGAGAAAAAAGUGUUCAAGUGCCACCAAAUUUUAAUAUCCAUCCACAAUUAUUAAAGAAUCAUGUUCAAAAUCGCUUAAAAAGAAUUGAAAGCGGUAACGCUUUGGAUUGGUCGACUGCUGAAGCAUUAGCAAUGGGUUCUCUUUUAUAUCAAGGAUAUAACGUAAGAUUAAGUGGACAAGAUGUCGGCCGUGGCACUUUCUCACAGAGACACGCCAUGCUCGUUGAUCAAUCUACAGAAGCUAUUUUUAUUCCGUUGAAUUCGAUAGUUGAUAAUCAAAUUGGUAAAUUAGAGGUAGCCAACAGUAUUUUAUCUGAGGAAGCUGUGUUAGGUUUUGAAUAUGGUAUAAGCAUAACAUCACCUGUUACAUUGCCUAUUUGGGAAGCUCAGUUUGGAGAUUUCUUUAAUGGAGCACAAAUUAUUAUCGAUACGUAUAUAACAAGCGGAGAAACAAAAUGGAUGUUGAGUAGCGGCUUAACAAUGCUUUUACCACACGGAUAUGAUGGUGCUGGACCGGAGCAUAGUUCAUGUAGACUUGAAAGAUUUUUACAAUUAACGAACAGUAGCGAAAACAGUAUCGAUGGUGAUGAUGUUAAUAUACAUAUUGCUAAUCCAAGUGAACCAGCGCAAUAUUUCCAUUUAUUAAGAAGACAAAUGAUAAGAGAUUAUCGGAAACCUCUAAUCGUGAUUGCACCUAAAAUUUUAUUACGUCAUCCGGCAGCAGUGUCGUUCUUAUCAAAUUUUAAACCUGGGACAAGCUUCAAAAAUAUUAUCGGUGAUGAUAACGUAGAAAAAUGUCACGUAACUAAAGUCAUUUUAGUUAGUGGGAAACAUUAUUAUGCACUUAAAAAUUAUCGGGAAAAUUCUGGAGAUAAGAAUGUAGCUAUCAUUAGAAUAGAAAAUUUAUGUCCAUUUCCUGUUUACGAGUUAUUAGAAGAAAUUUCAAAAUAUAAACAUGCGAAAACUUUUAUUUGGAGCCAAGAAGAACCUCGAAAUAUGGGUGCAUGGAGUUUUAUUAAACCACGUUUCGAAAAUUUAUGUGGGCGACAGUUAAAAUACUGUGGUCAAGAAGCAAUGGCAGCACCAGCUGUUGGAGAUGGACAAAUGCACCAGCGAAAAGCUAACGAAGUUAUUGUUAAACCAUUUACAUUGAAAUAAGAACAAGGUUAUAACAAAUUUACUAUCAAACUCCAAAUAUAAAUGCAAUAUAACAUGGGAGUAACAUGUAUAACAAAUGUUAUACUCUUAUAUUUAUAGUUAAAAACUUUAUUUCAUAUAUACAAUAUUACUUAGUCAUAAAUGAUAUUAUUCUGUUAUUUAUAUGUUGCAAUAAACAAACAGUAUAACUGUAACGUUGCAUGUCACAUAACAAUUGUCAUCUUUGUGUUACAUGGAUGUUAUAUAAUUUAAAUUUCGUGGAACUCUUAUAAUAUCUAGUAUUAUUGUGGACUUGUUCAUCAAAUAAAGCAGGUCAAUAAGCGCUUCGUAAUUCUUUAUGAUUAGUUUCUACUUUUAGAUACAAUGAAAAUCUAAAGGCAAAAACCAAAAAUUAAAAAAUUACUGAACGCUCACUUAUCCCCUUUCCCUAGUAGCAAAAUAUAUUAGUGGAAUAUUGACAAAUAUUGGUUAAAUAUUGAUUUUCUUGGAAAUGCAUUGACCAAUCUUUUCUCAAUGUAGCACUAAUAUUACAAUAAAUUUGUUAAAUACAAAUAUACUGCCAAUAUUGUACAAUAAUUGCAUUUUAAUAUUGAGUUUAUGUUGAAACAGUAUUGGUCAAGAUUUCCUAAUAUAAUUUCAAUAUUGAAUGUAGAAUAAAUACUAACAUACUUCCAAUAUUAUGUUCGAAUAAUUAUACGGUAUUGUAUUUAUAUGAAAAAUGUAUUGGUUAAGAUUUCCCAAUAAAAAGCGAAUAUUGAUUACACAAAAAAA